ACUUUGUCGCAGUAGGCAGAAUAAGAUAAGCUGUAUAUAUAAGGAGGCGGGGCGCUAGGGCAUAAGAUCGACUGAACGGAGAAGAAGGAGAGAGAUGAGGACGAUGAAGCUCUUCAUUUGUUUCGCUGCUUUACUUUCUUCUCUAGCCCUAAUUCAGGCUAAGAAAGAUCUGCAAGAAGUGACACAUAAAGUUUACUUCGACGUUGAGAUUGGUGGCAAACCUGCUGGUCGUGUUGUCAUGGGCCUCUUUGGUAAAACUGUGCCUAAAACAGCAGAGAAUUUUCGAGCACUUUGCACAGGCGAAAAAGGUACAGGGAAGAGUGGGAAACCUCUCCACUUUAAGGGGAGCUCGUUUCAUAGGAUAAUUCCCAGUUUUAUGAUCCAGGGAGGUGAUUUUACGCAUGGCAAUGGAAUGGGGGGAGAGUCGAUCUAUGGCACUAAAUUCGCUGAUGAGAAUUUCAAACUGAAACACACUGGACCUGGGCAUCUAUCAAUGGCUAAUGCUGGUCCAGAUACGAACGGGUCGCAGUUCUUCAUUACAACUGUAACAACCAGCUGGUUGGAUGGCAAGCAUGUUGUGUUUGGGAAAGUUAUAUCUGGAAUGGAUGUAGUGUACAAGAUUGAAGCUGAAGGUCAGCAGAGCGGUGCGCCCAAGCGGAAAGUCGUGAUUGCAGACAGUGGUGAGCUGCCACUGUGAUGCCAAUCAUGUUGAUAAUAAUAGAUGACUUUCUUCAGCACUUUUCAAAUGUCACGCCGGAUGUUUUUAUUUAGGACGCUGUGCACUUCCUUUCUAGAAAAAAAAGGUUUAUUUGCAGUUUCAUGUUUUCAA